UAGGCAUUAGGGGCACAGAGCUACUGCACUCUAGCUACCUCAUUGCUCUCCAUCUCGUUAUCGCGUCGCGUCUGCGAAGCUUUGAAUUGCUCCCUUUGUUUGAAGCCGUCUAUUGCCUCAUCUCAUCUUGAUCUCAUUGGUAUCCAGCAUUUCACACGCGGGUAACUCAAUGGCGGGCAAUCCGCCUCCGCCACGCAGCGGCGGUCUUUCCCUAUAUGCCAACCUACUCGAACCCGAAAGCAAUGCGCCAGGAUCUAUAUCUCGAGCCCCUGUAGUGUCGCAAGAGGCCAUAGAUGCUGUUAAAGAACAAGAAGCCUCAAAACCCCCCGUCGGCUCAGCCCUGCGCUUCCAGCCGCACCAGCAAAUACGGCGUCCGCAGCAGAAGAUCCAGAAGCCAAAGGCGGCCUUCCCAAAAGUACUGCCUACAGCUAGUAAUACUACGAGCGCUGCCGCCUCCGCCAACGCCGAGGUCAGGGCCCAGAACGCUGCCAAUACGGCCCCUGUGAAAAGCUCGUUGGCCGACUGGGCGGCUAACGAAGAUGAUGAAUACAUGUACGGCACAGGCGAGAAACGGCCUCGCGGUGGUCGCCGGAAAAAGAAGAAGAAACUAGAAGCCAUGCCUAUGGAAACAGAUUGGGAUGAGAUAUAUGAUCCUUCCCGGCCGACCAACGUCGACGAGUAUCUACGGAGCGACGAGAAAAUACGUGAGGUGCAGGAGUGGAAAGCACUGCUCUACAAGCACCGGAGGCGCGACGAUAGGAGAGACAGUUGGGACAGCGAGGAAGACGACGAUCAGCGUCCAGUUAACAAUCAGUUUGCGCCCCCCGACUCUUACUCCUUUGCGCCGCCACCCCCGUCGCCCCCGCGCGCUCCAUUACCCGAAGACAAGAGCGGCGAUGAUGCAUACGCGCGCCGUCUAGCUAUGUCACAAGGGCAAGCGCCUCCACCACCCCAAUCCCCCAUCCCUCCUCCACCGCCGCCUCCAGAACCCGACUCCUCGACAAUAUCACGCGAACCCGUGCGUUAUGCACCGCCACAGCAACCCCAAGCACAGAGAGAGCCUGACUCCAUGGAUGUGGAUGAGGAUGACGAUGGCAUCGAUUACGUCCCGCCCGAGCCUUCAUCCACAGCAGACGACGAAGAGGUAGCAGCACCCCGGGCCAACCGACCAGGACAGAAGGGAUUUGCCGCGCGCCUGAUGUCCAAGUAUGGCUGGGAGAAGGGUCGAGGUCUCGGUGCCGAGGGCUCUGGUAUACUCAAUCCAUUGCGUGUACAAGUCGAGAAGCGCAAGAAGAAAUCCGACGCCGAGGGCGGGGGAUGGGCGGAGCCAGGUGGUCGAGGCAAGAUCAUAGGGUCGAAGACGGGGACAGGCACGUCCUCAUCUACCACUGAAAGCGCAGACAAAUUCGGCACCAUGAGCAACGUCAUAGUACUGCGUAACAUGCUAGACGGCAUGGAAGACGUGCAGACUGAGAUGGAGAACGGUCUUGGGCAGGAGAUUGGCGAGGAGUGUGGUGAGAAAUACGGCCGCGUCGAGAGGUUGUAUAUCGACAUCGAGGGCCGCAGGGUGUUUAUCAAGUUCACUGAUACAGUCUCAGCAUUGAAGGCAGUCAACGCCCUCGACGGCCGCAUCUUCGCUGGGAACGCCAUCGUGCCACAGUACUACGACCCCGACAAAUUCGAGCGUCGGAUCUAUGAAUGAGAGAAAAGAAUAGAUGAUGGGAGGAACUUGAUUGAAAAGAUAAAUCGAGCUACCUUUUGACUUUACCUACCUAUAUCUCACGAUUAGACAUAAGGUCAAGAUCUCAUGCAUACAAUUCUUCCGUGAUAAUAACAUUGACUCUAUAUUGUCCAGCCCCUGAUACACCCUUUUGGGGAACAAAAGACUGUUCACUUAUGUGUUAUUAGUGCAACGUACGGUGAUAGCAAAAAUCGAAGUGACUGAAGAAAAUAUCGUAAGAAGGUAUUCUCGCAGUGAAGAUGUUUCGCCCAUUAAGAUACGCCCAAACUGUUACCACAUCUCAGCCUAACAGCAAUAAUUAUCAUUUGCAAAUCAUCAUUCAUCACAGGCGAUUCGAAAGAAACACAACAAAGCGGUCGAGGAAAAAAAAAAGAGUAAUCAUGUAUUAAAAUAGAAGCCAUCCUAGAUGUAUUCUGUCUUCGGGGCUUUGGCUGCUGUCUCUUCU